GAUGACACAGCCGCUGACGGUGCUCCUGAUCCUGGCGAAAACGUUUCUGGCGGAGGACGACUCGAAACUCGGCGAGGAUGUGUGCUGCUGAAGGUUGGCCCCGCUGCGUGUGCCAUGUUGACCGUGAGGAGGCCAGCCGUACUCCUGCCCUCAGCCCGUUCGAAGCCGCCGCUCGGCGAGUCCUACUCGCAGUGGCUGCGCUCGGCCUGCUUCUCGAGCCAGCCCGGGGGUUGGCGCAAGGUAGUUGAGCCGGAGGCCUGGAGGAAGUGGGCGGGUGACGUCCAGCGGUGGGCACUGGGCUGGCUGAGGGAUCGCGGCGGCGGCUCGAGGGGUGUGGCCCGCCAGAAGCUGGUGUCGAUUCUCGCCAGUCAGUGCAGCUACGUGACCGGGCAGAGGCUGCGGAGGGCACAGCAGAUCGGGCAGCUGUACAGCAACCUGUACUCGGAGCGGUCCCGCCGGGGCCUGAUCACCAGCCUGUGGAGGCGAUUCCACAGCCGGAACCGGGGCACUGGCGGCAAGCUGGUGGCUGCCUUUGCUGCCGCCUUCAUGUGGGACAACGAGAGGAUUCAGGACGAGGAGCUGCAGCGGUGAGUGCCCACAGGGCAGUAC